AUGUCCAGCACUCCAGAGCCUGCGAACAAGAAGCGCGGUCGACCAAAGAAAGUUGUGGUCGUCGUAGCACCGAACAAGUCCUCCGCAGGCACAACCGCAGCCGCAUCUACAACUGCGAACGCUGCCAUACAAAGAUCCAGCCCAACAUACACGAACAAUCCAAACCCCGCUACCACCACCACCACCAUAACUCCACGCAAAGCGUCGACCAAAGCCCAUCCAGCACCAGUAUCAGAGAUAAACCAGACAACUCCAGCAGCAAUUAGGGAGAAAUCCAGUGUGACGAAGGGCUGCCCGACCCCACUGAAAAGCACGAAAUCCCCAUCUACCACCUCCACAUCGAAUCCACCUUCCCAGCUAUCCAUCAAGUUCCAAACGCCAUCCACACAGUCGAAUCCCCAUUCGGCCACCGCGGCGAUACGUGAGAAGCAGAAGUGGGAUAGGAAGCAACAGGUGGGAGCGGGAGCUGGGCCUUCUACCGUUCAGGCUAAUGGGGAUAUAUCAUCCCGGGCCAAGUCUGCCAGGAUUGAGAACACAAUUGUUGGACAGGGAAAUCAGGGAGGUCUGAGGCCACAGCCGGAGACGAUUCCCGUAAAACCCUUCGUUGACGGCGCUGCGGCGCAAGGUUCCAACAUCCUCAACUCCCUGGCGGCUAGCAACAACAGUAAAUCAGCAGCAGCAGAGGAUAAGUUUAAUAGAAUUGCAGGGUCCACAGGGUCUACGACAAACAUGGCCCCUCCCGUACGCAAGUUCUCAGCAUCCCCUUCCCAGCAGUCGUCUUCUCCACCUCCUAUCAAACCACCGGCGAAACGCGCCUCUCCUCUUUCGGCACAGCGGCUAAGCUCACAAAGAUUGGAGCCGGCCCAGGCGCAGGCUGAGAGUGCUAAACUGCGAGAUAUCAGGCAAACGAAGCAGUAUAAAACUCUGGCGAGACGAUGGACAUCCGCCAUGGUUGCAUUACCGAUCCUAAUAUAUACCAGUUAUGAGCUAUAUGAACGAGUGUUCGCCAAUAAACCCCCGCGCAGCCUACCGGGAACCAACCAUUUCCCACCCGUGAAUGAAAACUCCCGUUCUCCAUCGCCAUCGCCAUCGCCAAUCACGCCCUCAUCAGCAUCGACGACGGAAACCUGA